GGGAGCCCCAUGUUCCAUCCUACUACUAUAAACUAACUGCUACAAAUUUAUGCUGAUCACCGAAAACCAGUAAACAACCAAGAACUACUGAAGAUGGUCGAAUGUCCGAUCUGCGCCAAACCGAUAGCUUCAGGAGAUAUCAAUCGGCAUUUGGAUCAUGACCAUUUCGAGCUACGAUCUAGCAACCACUCGGAACCCAAACCUCAGCCGACGGUCACCGGCGCUCAAUCUACUCUAAACUUCCAACGAACAGUGGCCGGUACUCAGAGAACUGACGCGCAAAAUAAAACGACUGGAGGAGCACCAAAAGCCCAUAAACGUCCACAUGCAACAAACAAUCUGACCUCUCUGCAUAAUGAGCAUCUCUCUCAAAGUCAAUCUUCUUCUUCUCCGUCUUCUUCUGCCCCGACUUCAUCGGUAUUAUCACUAUCCGAUCAUCGGAAAAAAUCUCGCCUCAAUCCUCCGUCUGAUUCUUUCGUCAAAUCUUCUCUUCCUACUCCUUCUGAUUCGGAUCCCUCAAAUUCAAAUAAACCAUUAGCUGAACGAGUCAGACCGAAAACAAUCAAUGAAUUUCAAGGACAAGGACAUUUAAAAUCAGCAUUACAAAUGAUAAUGACCAGUAAAAAUUCGAUCAUCUUGUGGGGACCAUCCGGCUCAGGAAAAACGACCCUAGCGAGAUGCUUGAAGGACGAAUUGAAUAGACGAGAAGAGGAAGCAGAAAGUAGCAGUCAAAAGAAUAAGAAGAAGAAGUACGAGUUCUUUGAACUCUCGGCUACCGACUUCUCGACCUCUGAAUGGAAGAAAAUCAUAGACCAGAAUCAUCUCUAUUCUGCUUCUUCUAACACUUCUAACACUUCUGGAAACGGAUCCAAUCAGAAAAUCUCUAGCUUUUAUAAGAGUUUAAAUUCUGCUGUCACUUCGAUUCCUAUUAUCUUUAUUGAUGAAGUUCAACGAUUGAAUAAAUCUCAACAAGAUCGUUAA